AAAGUUAUUGCGUUGAAAACUUGAAAUGAAAGAGCAGCGUCUAUUUAACAGUUUAUUUAACAUAUUGAGGCGUACUCCGUACACAUGCUCAUGUCGCACAUAUUCAACUCAUGAAAAUCCUUUCGGAAUAAAGGAUAAGCCACCCACAGGCGAAGUUAGAGUUCGAGGCCUGCCACAGAAGUUAGAAAUAGCAGGCGUGAAUCAUGUUAUAUUGGUGGCUUCAGGAAAAGGUGGAGUGGGCAAAUCAACUACAGCAGUGAAUUUGGCUCUAGCUCUACAGUCCAAUGAACAGGAUAAAAAAGUUGGACUACUGGAUGCUGAUGUUUAUGGUCCGUCCCUACCUACAAUGAUGAAUUUACAUGGUGAACCAACCCUUGAUUCAAAAAAUUUAAUGGUACCAUUGAUGAACUAUGGUAUAAAAUGUAUGUCAAUGGGGUUUUUAGUUGAUGAAACUUCGGCUGUAGUUUGGCGAGGUUUGAUGGUUAUGUCAGCUAUACAGAAAUUGUUAAGACAGGUAGCAUGGGGUCCUCUAGACUAUUUAGUGGUUGAUAUGCCUCCAGGAACAGGAGAUACACAACUUUCUAUAUCUCAGAAUAUACCAGUAUCAGGAGCUGUUAUAGUGACCACCCCCCAGGAUGUGGCGUUAGCAGAUGCUAGAAGAGGGGCAGAGAUGUUCAAAAAGGUGAACAUCCCUUUACUUGGCAUAGUCCAGAACAUGUCGGUCUUCGUGUGCAGUAAUUGUGGUCAUCACGAGCAUAUUUUUGGUCAUGAUGGAGCUUUGGCUGUAGCUCAAGACAUCCAGACAGAAAUUUUAGGUGAUGUGCCUUUAACCAAGUCCAUAAGAAUAAGCUGUGAUGAAGGGGCCCCUAUUGUUAUAUCCCAACCAGACAGCCCACAGGCAUUGGUGUAUAAAGACAUAGCUAGAAAAAUAUGUGGCAAGCUUUGCAGUUGAUUGUUCACAGGCAUUUGUUAAUAAUGAAAACAGAAAGAAAUUGGCAUUAGAAAUUUGUUAUAAUCCAC